AUGCAGGGACUCAAACCAAUAGUUUCCACUGAAUCCCCAGCUCUGAUUUUUGGGACAACAACUAAACUUGCUUCAGAUUUACCAGCAACUGAUUCUUUCUUGGGUAAAAACAAGGUUCCAGACCUACAGAAACUUUUUCAGAAAGCAGAUGGACUGCCAGUACACCUGAAACGAGGAGUUCCAGAUAAGCUGCUUUAUCGGACCACUAUGGCUCUAACAAUAGGCGGGACUAUCUACUGUCUAGUAGCACUGUACAUGGCCUCACAACCAAGAAACCAAAAGUAAAUGAACCACAACUCAUGGGACUUGUGAGACUUCUCUGAAGGACCUCCUGCGUGUAUCUCUUUGCCCUUGCUUAAAUUCUGUGAUUGUAUAGCGUUCAUUAAUCAGAUCAAUUUUUUUUGGAGAAAAUGCUUUUAAAUUGGUUGGCUUAUGUGUUCUAGAAAUCAAUAUAAACAGACUUAAAGACAUUAUCUUAACAUAUGGUUGUAGCUUUGCAUUUGUUGUCUUGCAGGAGCAUAUGAACAAUUGGAGAAAGUCAAGCUUUUCCUUCCUUCCCUCCCCCAACUUAAACAUUGUUAGUGAUAGGACAGGACAAAUACUUUGUGGACUAUACUCCACAUUCCUUAGUGGGAGGAUGCUGCUGGUUUCCAAAACAGUAAAAGCAAAUAAUUUAAUUAUUAUAACAUACCUGGGAACCUGCUUCUGUCAUACACAGCUCAUUUUACAUAAGCAGGUGGCAGUGGAUCUUUUCCAAAUGCUGGUAUAUUAUUAAAUAUUUGUACCUCU